UGGCGUGGGACAGGCAGUGCCAGGGAGCUUGCAGGGCUGUGAGGGGCAAAGGCCGUGCUCUGUGUGCCUGCCAGUUUCCAGGUGUGCCUUCCACAUGUGGUCGGUGGGAAUUUGCCUCUGGAGCAGCUGCAUGCCAGCAGCGGGGAGAGCUGGGCUCAGAAGCAGAGCGGGGGUUGGCAUGCACAGAAUAGGCAGAAAUCUCUGUAUGAGAAUUGCCCUGGAUUUCUCCCCUCAAUGUGUCAUGUUUCCCUGUGUAAGGGAAGGCUGCUUGUCCCCCAUCAGCCCAGAGUCAUGGCCCCUUGUGCAGUCUUUCAUAUGCCACAACCGAACGUUCAUCCUGGACGGCCACGUGCAGCUGAAGACGAGUCUGCAAACCCAGGAGCGACACCUUUUCCUCUUCACAGACCUUCUGGUUGUUGCCAAGUCCAAGUCACACUCUCAUUUCAAACUGAAGUGCCAAGCACGUCUCUGUGAGAUGUGGACAGCAUUUUGUACAGAAGAAGUGUGUGAAGGCAGCACAGACCCAGAAUGCUCCUUUGUUUUGGGCUGGCCCACCACAAACUGUGUGGCAAAUUUCAGGUCUGCAGAACAAAAGGAAACAUGGCUGUCUUGUUUACAAAGUCGAAUAAGAGAAGAGAAGGAAAAAGACAAUCCUAAAAGCAUUCCUCUGACAAUAAUUGCAAAGGACGUGGGAACCUGUGCAUACUCAAAAACCCUAAGUGUAACCAAUGUUGAUACAGCAAAUGAUGUAAUUCUGAUGGCCCUGCAGCAGCUGGGAAUUAAUGGCUCUGAAAAAGACUACAAGCUAUGGGUGAUUUCAGGAAGAGAACAUGCUCCUUACCCUCUUAUUGGACAUGAAUAUCCCUUUGGAAUUAAAAUGAGCCACAUUCGUGACGCUAUGCCCCACGGAUCAAAGCACUGUGCCUGCCCCAGGCAGCUUCAGGGCCCUUUCUUGACGGAGCAGCUGCCCCAGGAGCUGCAGUGCCAGUUUGUGCUGAAGCCCAGCCAGGUGGCCGUGUGCCAGCAGCUGAACGACUUAAGCCAAAAGUCAUUUAAAAGGAAAAGAUCUAUCAUAAAUUGGGCUUUUUGGCGUGGCCCAGGCAGUCACUUGGACAAUGCACCCCUCUCCUCAACAUCUGCUGCUCCUGGGAAGCUCUUUGGCCUCUUACUAACAACCAUCUGUGAGGAUGACAACCUGCCCAAACCCCUCUUGGACAUGCUUUCCCUCCUCUACCAAGAGGGGCCUUCCACCAAGGGUAUUUUCAGACGCUCUGGAAAUGCAAAAACAUUCAAAGAGCUAAAGGAGAAGCUUGAUUCAGGCACUGAAGUGGACCUGGCCCACGAAUCCAUAUUUGUGACAGCAUCUUUGUUUAAGGAUUUUCUUCGCAACAUCCCAGGCAGUAUUUUAUCAUCCCAGCUGUGUGAUAAGUGGGUCUCUGUGCUGGAUCAAGGAAAUAAUGAAGAGAAGAUAAAAAACAUCCAAAGGUUAAUAGAGCAUCUCCCCAGAGCUAAUGUUGUUCUUUUACGUUACAUCUUUGGAGUACUGCAUGGGAUAGAAAUGCGAUCCGAAGAGAACCAGAUGAAUGCCUUUAAUCUAGCUGUCUGCAUUGCACCUAGCCUGCUCUGGCCUCCUGUAUCCUCCACUCCUGAUAUAGAAAGUGAAUUUAUUAAAAAGAUUUCUAGUCUGGUACAGUUCCUAAUUGAGAAUUGCUGCAGGAUUUUUGGAGAUGAAAUUACCUCUCUCUUUGGAGACAUACUGAUGACAUGCAAGAGAGAGAACAGCUCAGAUGUUGCUUCUCUCCAUCAGAAUGACUCUUCCUAUGACAGCCUGGAAAAUGAGGCAAAUGAUGAAGCUGACUCUUCCUCCAGUGACUGGAUUAAAACCCGUGAUCUGGAUAACAGAAGCAGGGAGUCUGUCUUCACUCUGAGCGAUGGCGAUUCGGAGCAGACAGAGGUGGAUGAAAUCCAAAGCCAAACCAAACUGAAGCAGUUGGCAAUUUCUGCCGACGUGCACCCGCAGUUUUCCGUGCAAGAAAACUCAAAUGAGUCUCCCUACUCCAGUGGUUUCCCCUCAGCAGCUACCUCGGGUGCUCCCAAGACUGUGAGGAGGCACCGGCGCUCCUCCGAGCCUGCAGUUGGCCUCCAGAGCUCCAGCUCCGCCCGCGCCGAUGCUGGGCGCGAGAAGGCAAUGCGCAAAGCCAGCUGUGACGUUGUCCUGUCUCAUGAAGAUGAAGAGUGUCUCUGCCAGCGCCGGUCGUUGCAGGUGGAAAGGCAAAAGCUCAGCAAUCAGAGCUUGCUUGUAGGGAUUAACGUUGGUAAAAGUGACAACACAAACGAAAACGUUGAAAGGAAAGACCUGUCUCAUUGUCUCCUGCCUCCAACGCCAGAGGGAUUAAAUAUUUGCUCAGGAUUUAGCUCUUUUAGCCGGUCUUCUUCUGGGACAUCUCCAUCUGUGUCAUCAAUCUGCUCCCUGGACAGCGCUUUCUCCCACUUUUCAGACCAGGCUCUGUUUACCUUAAGCGAAACCUCCUCCCCUUUCGAUAGCGCUUUCCAGUUGCUAAAGAAACACGAGGACACUGCUGCUGCUGUGGCUGAUGACUGUUUUCUUCCACCCACCGCGGUGCCACCAUCUCCACAACCUACUGACACUGGGGCUGACAGGGGCUUGGUGGGGCCCAGCAGCAGGUCAGCACCCCUGAAACCUACCGACGGAGUUGAUGGCUGUUUCAUUAAGCCUGACCUUCAGCCAUUGCCUCUGAAAGUCACUGGGAGAGACAGACUUCAUGAUCAAAGAGGUGGUCUAGAAAAGCAUUACAGCAAUCCAAAGUUUGAAGAGACUGACCAAAGCUUUUUGCAGAGGAAUCUUAAUGCUUAAAAUAAACACCAUAAAGAAAAUGCC